CAACCCAUUUUUAUAAAUAAUCGAUGAUGGUAACAUUAGUCAGCUAGUUGUCUUUUAGAAAUCUUAUUUUAUUGGUUUCGAUUGAGCCAAGUCUUCUAAAUAUUUUUGCUAUAAUGGCAUCCAAAGCACUUGCGAGCCCAUUAAUACGCCAUGUUGCGAAGAGAGGAUACGCACAGGCAGCUCCCGCUGUUAGAAAAGAUUCGCGGAUCCAAGCUACUGUGCUACCCAACAAAACAUUUGUAGCAGCUUUGGAUAAUGGCUCUCCAGUCACCCGUGUUACAGUGGUAUUUAGGGCUGGCUCUAGAUAUGAGCCACAAACUGAGUUGGGUAUAACCCAUGUUUUACGUACAGCUGCUGGUCUCACAACCAAGAAUGCCAGUGUUUUCAUGAUAGCACGAAAACUGGCACAAAUUGGUGCUACUGUCAGUGCUUCUGGUGAUCGAGAAUUUGUUUAUUACACACUUGAGGCCACUCAAGAUAACCUUCCCGAAGCCCUGGAAUACCUAAACAACAUUGUGUCGAACCAAGAAUUUAGACCAUGGGAACUCAGUGACAUUACUCCACGUCAGAGAUAUGAAAUUGCUGCUCUGCCACCACAAGUUCGUGCCAUAGACCUCCUUCACAAGGCAGCAUACCGCCGUGGCCUUGGCAAUUCCCUUUUCAUUUCACCAAAGAGAAUUGGCAAGGUCUCAUCAGAGUCUCUGCAACACUAUGCAAGCACCACAUUGACCCCAGGCCGGUGUGCUGUGGCUGUUAUUGGUGAUAGCCAGGAUAAAGCUACAUUGGUUGCCCAAAAACUUCAGCUCCCAACAUCUGGAGAUGCUCAGGGUGAAGCAUCAACUUAUUAUGGUGGUGAACUCAGGAAAGAAAUUGGUGGUGAUUUGGCUCAUUUGGCCAUUGCUGUGCAAGGGGCUCCUGCUGGCUCUCCUCAAAGUUUGGCGUUGGCUGUUGCUGCAAAAGCCCUUGGUAACGGUCCCGUUACUAAAUGGGGUGCCGACAACUCCCCCCUGGCGAAAGCCGUUGGCAACAUCGGACCAUUUGCUGCUGCCGGUUUCAACGUCUCAUACUCUGACACUGGUCUCUUUGGUGUUGUACUCUCUGUGCCAAAAGAUGAGGCUAACGUCGCCACAAAAGCCGUCGUCAAGUUAAUCAAAUCUCCAACUUUGAGUGCUGAGGCUAUUCAAGCUGGAAAAAACCAACUAAAGCUGCAGAUUCUGAGUGAAGCAGAGACAGGAACUUCCCUAGCCGAAUCUAUCGCCGCUCAAGGACUGUAUACCGGAAAUGUGAAAUCGCCAGCUGAUUUGGCCAAAGAUGUUGAUAAUAUUUCGAACAGUGAUGUUUCCCAGGUUCUAGCUAAUGCUGCGAAAUCAAAGAUUUCAAUUGGCGCCGCAGGAAACCUAGCAUUUGUUCCAUAUGUUGAUGAACUUUAAAUUAUUACUAAAUGUAAAUGUUAGUUCAUCAGAAAAUAAAAAAAAAAAUAUCCAGUUGUAUUAGCACAUCAAUGUUAUAAUUUAUUAUUGAAUUAAAUGAUUCUGUUUUAAAUAAUGCUAA